AUGAAGAUUAAGAUCCUGGGACCUGUGCUUUUAUUAACCUUGGCGACCCAAUUCGCACGGGCCGCCGAAUCCGCAGAGGGCGACAACAACAACAGUAACAACAACGCCAUCGCGGACGCCAACCUUGCAGCCGUUCCUGACCCACCUACCCCAGCUGCGGAACAAGUUGUGGCACUCAACAGGCAGGAAGCAGGAGAGGCUUUGGAAGUUGCGGUCGAUGGGUUAGUUGAGGCUGCUGCCAAGGCGUUUGAGCAAGACGAGGAGGGUGAGGACGAGGAGGGUGAGGACGAGGAUGAUGAGGAUAUGGAGACUGUUGAUACUGACGACGAAGAGGAUGGGAAUGAUGAGGAUGAGGACAAGGACAAGGAGGGUAACGAAGACGAUGAUGACGAAGACGAUCUUGCGGAGGAUGAGGACCAGGAACGGGACGAGGCAUUGUUGCUUGAAGGCGACGAUUUCCACUAUGCCGAUCCUUUGACUGCGACCUACGACGCACAAACCGCCAAAUGUAAACAACCACAGCAACACCAUGAACCACAACAACCACAGGAGCAACAUGAACAGGAACAACAAACAAUUACCAUCCAAAAACGCGACAAGACUCCGCUCUUCCCCCAAAUCGACGAACACACGCUCUCCGCCCUCGCAACUGCAGAGAUCGGUGGCGCUUGUAUUGACUCCUUUGUUAACUUUGCGCUUCGCUUCCGGGAACGGUGCUCGAUCAAAUGCCUCAAGACUUUUUCGCAUGUCUUUUCGAACCCGGAUGUCCUGGGGAUCCUUGAUUGCUUUGGGUGUUCGAAUUUCUUUGUGUCCGGGUUUUAUGCGUUGGGGAUUGACUGCGCGGGGAUCUUUGCGGCGUACCCUAAGCCUGCUAACGCGACGAAAACGCUUACUCCUACUGGUACGGCAAAAGGUAGUGCUACGGCCACGACGGUUGUCUCGACCAAGGCCGAUGCUGGUGGAGAUUAUAGGUUGGGGCAAGUCAAGCCUGAGGAUUCGGCGUUGCCGCCAAUCGACUUUUCGACGAUGUUGACGAGCCUGGGUCAGAUUUCGUCGGGGGAUAUUCAGGACUGGGCCAAUAUUGGAAGUGAUCUUGCCAAGGUCAUUAGUGGUGGUAACAGCGGGAAGAGUGAAGGUGAGGAGGGUUCUAGAGGGAAUGAGGAGGUGGAUGAGGAGAGGGCUACGGCGAGUAAGAACCUUUUCAACCAGUUUGUUAGCAAGGCUGCUUCCUUUGCCAACUGGACACUGACACCGGAGAUGUUGGACCAGACAGGAGUGUUCGGCAGAGUCCAGCAGUCGCUUGGACUCUAA